AUGUCCGACGAUGAUGAAAUGGUUACGCGAAUUCUCACAGGAAAGCCUGUCGACAAUACCACGAAACGUGAAAAGCGCAUGAAACAGAUCAGAAAACAUUAUAGCGAACAAAAAAGCAGUCGCGUGGUUAAGGUCAAGACACAAAAUGUUGUUAUCAUUGGUCGAUCGCGAACUGGAAAAUCAACUAUCAAAUCUAUGUUAAUUGAUCCGACUGCGGAACCAAAAGAUUUAUCGCUCAGGGCAGGCACUAUAGACGCGUCAAUGGAGUCAUUUUUUGUUGAUGACCAAAAUCUAGUUUUGAAUAUCAUUGAUACACCUGGUGUAUAUGAACAUCAAUCCGCAGAAGCCAUAGUACGUGACAAUCAAAAGAUUAUGGAAGCUAUUGAAAAAUGUAUCAAUCUUGAAAUUACGAAAUACCAUCUGAUCUGCUUUGCUUUCUCGAUGCCAGCAGGAAUUCAAUCGGAUGAUAUUGAUGCUUUGCAAUUAUUUAUGGAUCAUCUUGGUCCUGAUGUCUCACAAAAUUCAUGUCUGAUUAUCACACGUGCCGAAGCCAAAACAUCCGACCAACGAGAGAAACUACGACAAGAACUUCUCAAUGACAGUCAUUUCAAGAAGAUGAAUAAUUAUUUUAAACGUGGCAUUUUUUUUACUGGAGCAAUCAAUUAUGAUGAUUAUCAAAAUGGAAAUGCAUCCAUCGUCGAACAGUACAUGAACGUUCUUGAGUUUCGCAAACAACUAAUUAAUGAGUUCGUAAAGGAUUGUGAACCAUUUCAAAUCGAUAAAACGUAUGUCAACGAAAUGCGACGUAUUCAGGAAGAAUAUGAAGCAAAAGAGAAAGAGUUAAAGUCUCGAUUGGCCGAAAAUAAUCAAAACGCCGAACAACGAAAAGAACUAGAAAGAGUGAAGAAAGAACUAGAUGAAGCGAAAAAGCGCCUUGCUGGUUCAAAAACCCCAUGCUCAAUUUCGUAA